AUGAGGCCCUGCUUCCUGCUCCUGCUUUCAAGAUGCUGUUCUUCUCUGGCCUUCACUGGAGUUGGCAUCUCAUCACUGGCGGCUGGCAUCGACCCUUUUGACUGGGAUACCAUCACCCCCAGUGACGAUCUUGAGUAUCAUGAUUGCUACGAGCAGUACAAAUGCGCUCGCUUGCAAGUGCCCCUCGACUGGCUCAACGAGACAGACACAAGAGUAGCCACGAUUGCCAUGAUCAAGCUGCCCGCUCUUGUCCCAGACGACGACCCGACUUUUGGCGGCUCCAUCUUCUUCAACCCCGGAGGGCCUGGCGGCUCAGGCGUCUAUGCCAUGCUCUCGUUGGGCCACUAUCUUCGCACCACGGUUGACAAGCCGGGCCGUCGCCAUUAUGAAAUCGUCUCCUUUGAUCCUCGUGGCAUCGGUUACACGCUGCCCGCUUCCGACUGCUUCAACGGCAGUCUCGUGUCGCGCGACGCUUUCAUUCUGGAGUCCCGCGGCAAUGGGCCCCUCACCAAUGGCGACCACUCCAUCGCUUACAGCCUCGCCAUCAUGGGCGCUUUUGGGCAGCGCUGCAGUCGGGCCGGGGACGCCAUGGCCUUUCUGCGUAAGAGGGACGCUGCUGCUCGAAAGCAAAAUGAAAAGGGGAGAGCCCCUGAAGUUCAGGACUCCGAAGAUGAGCGAGAUGAGCUUAAGAAGCGAUCUGCUCGCAAAAGGAGGCCAGUUGAGCUUCAUGAUGAGCCUGGAGAUGUUCCGCGCCUCCAGUACAUUGGUUUUUCCUAUGGUACAAUUCUGGGUAACUACUUUGCUUCCAUGUUUCCCGGUCGAGUUGGUCGUCUCAUUCUUGACGGAGUUUGUGAUGUCGAGGAUUAUUCGACCGGUCCGGGCUGGCUCGCAAACACCGUUGAUACUGAUGAGAUCUUUGACACCUUCAUAGAGGGUUGUGCCGCUGCUGGCCCAGAAGUUUGUGCUUUGGCCCGCGAAUCAGACACCCACGGAGCAUCCGAUAUACGCUGCCGUCUCGACCGCUUCCUCCUAGACCUGGACCAAAGGCCCAAGCCCGUGCUGCUAGACUCCGGCGAUGCUGUCAUUGUUACCGGCGAGGACGUCCGCUCCCUCAUUGGCUUAACGCUUUACAGUCCUCUGAAGGGAUUCAAAAUACUCGCCAAGGAGUUAGACAGCUUCAUAUCCGGCAACAUUACCAAAAUGGCCGUCCUGGUUUUGGGCUUGGGCGCGAUGCCGGCCAUGAAAGACGCUUGUCCUAUAACCAACGUCACCGAACCCCAGCUCAUUGGGAAGAUAGAAUCGCAGAAUGCCGUCGUUUGCAUUGAUGGCGACGACGUUACUGACAAGGACGUUCCUUGGUGGCGCAAAUACGUGAAUCGUCAGGUUAGCACAUCCAGCGUCUUUGGUGCCGAAUGGGCGACAAUCCGCCUGCCUUGCUCCAGUUGGCGAUUUCGUCCCAAGUGGCAGUUCAAAGGCCCCUUUACCACACCAGAGCCCGACCCGUCCAUCAAAUCGGGCCAUCCAGCAGCGCCCAUUCUCUUUCUCUCGAAUCGACUUGAUCCUGUGACGCCUCUGAGGGCUGCUCAGGCCAUGGCUGCACAGCAUCCCGGCGCCCGCGUCAUCAUCCAAGAGGCCAUGGGCCACUGUGCUAUCGCCUCUGCCCCCAGCCGCUGUACCAAGAGGGCUGUAGCUGACUACUUCGAAUCCGGCGUUAUCCCUCUCGAUGUAUCAGCAUGUAGCAUUGAGUGUGGCCCUUGGGAUACUUCUUGCUCUCUUGACAAUGCCACUAUGACUGAUGACGUCGAUAGUCAGGCCGCAGUCUCUUGGUUUAGUAGUAGAGAGGAGCGCAUCUGGCGCAAAAGGUCACCACUCGGUAUAUUAUAG